AUGUCAAAACACCGUUCCUAUGGAACCGCGCAUCCUGAACCGCAAACCGCAAUCGACCGUACUCAUGCGGAUCCUCCAGUAGCUGAGGUCUUGGACGAAGACCGCUACUUUUCCCUGCACAAACCGCCGGCGUACCUUCCUGAGCUUGAAGAACAAAUGACUAAAUUCAUAGAGUUUCACGCCGGGAAAAAAAAUGUGGUUUUAGUGACUUCUGGAGGAACUACGGUUCCGCUUGAAAAUAACACAGUAAGAUUCAUUGACAAUUUCAGUGCAGGAACCAGAGGAGCUACUUCUGCCGAAUAUUUUUUGGAAAAUGAUUACGCAGUAAUAUUUCUUCAUCGAGAGUAUUCGCUUCUUCCAUAUUCUCGCCAUUAUUCCCAUACUACCAAUUGCUUUUUGGACUAUAUGACCGAAAUCGACAACAAGGUUCAAAUAAACCCUGAUUUUGCUGAUGAAAUGUUGGUGGUGCUUCGCAAGUAUAAAAAUGCGACCGAGUCGAAUCUGCUUCUUCUCAUUCCAUAUACCACAGUGAACCAAUAUUUGUACACAUUGAAAUCUGCUUCCACCAUAAUGAGCAGAUUGGACAGCGGAGCCUUGUUCUACUUGGCAGCAGCAGUUUCUGAUUUUUUUCUUCCUCAGUCCAGAAUGCCGCAACAUAAAAUCCAGUCGCAGCCAAGUGGAAAAUUGGUAAUUGACCUUGAACAAGUACCUAAAUUCUUACGUCGUUUAGUGGACAGUUGGGCACCAUCUGCCAUGAUUGUAUCGUUCAAAUUGGAAACUGAUAAUUCAAUUCUUUUACAAAAAUCUUUGACGGCUUUAUCUCGUUACCAGCAUCAAUUGGUGAUUGGAAAUUUGCUCCAAACGAGAAAAAAAGAAGUUGUUUUGGUAACACCCGACGAAAAGACUGAGUGGGUUCGGUUGUCGGAGCAGGAGGAGAAAAAUGGAGUGGAAAUUGAAAGUUUGAUUGUGCCGGCGGUGAUCGAAAGGCACCAUAAGUGGAUUGAGAGUAAGAGAAAAGAGUAG